GUGAAUCCAAGACUAUGGCGGAAUAUUUUGCGUAGAGUUGAGUUGGUUCCCGUUCACUAUAUAUAUAUUUAUAUAUUUAAUUGAUAACGUUUGCAAGCUCGUCCAGAAAUCGUGUCAAGGCCACAAUCGACUGAUUCGACCAACGCACGGAGUUUCGUACCCCUGGUCAAAUGUAGAUAAAUGCAAUUUUUAUGAGUUUUACUUUGUCGGAAUUCAAUUUUUUUCAAUUAAGACAAGGACGAUAAUUGCUGGUCAAAUAAAGCGCAGUCAUUGUUCAUUAGCCAGUGUUGUCAAAGUAUUCAACCCGUGUGGUUGUUUAGUUUCACUUACGAUAUAUUUUUAUUGCGUUCGUGUUCUUUAUAUACAUUUCAAUGAAAUAAAUUGUGUAAUUUUUUUUCACAAUGAAACGAUCUUUACAAAGUAAUAACUCUGCCACGAAAGAAGAAAAUGAAGGCGCUUCGUGUUCUAAAAUUGGAUCAACACACAUUAAUAAUCGUCUUUUAGAUACAAAUAAUGCUGAUUGUAAUUUAAAUCUUCAAAUUAAUUCCAAUGGACCUGAAGCUCAAACUGGUUUAACUAAUGAAACUACAUUGGAACUUGUAAACGAUAUUAUGGACAAUAAUUCUAGUAUUGAAAUAGAAACAAAAUCUUUAAAUGAGAAUCAAAAAGAUUAUAUCAGCUGGGAUGAUCUUUUCAUGGCAACAGCAUUUUUGAUGGCUAAACGUAGUAGAGAUCCGGUAACUCAAGUUGGUGCUUGUAUUGUUAGUUCAGACCACAAAAUCGUAGGCACUGGAUAUAACGAAAUGCCUACAAGAUGUUGCGAUGAUAGUUUUCCAUUAGGUAAAGAUAAAUUUGACAAAUUAAACGACAAACGUACGUAUAUAUGCCACGCUGAACUGAAUGCUGUGUUAAAUACAAAUUCUAUCAGUUUACAAAAGUGUAUUAUAUAUGUAUCACUUUUUCCGUGUAAUGAAUGUGCAAAAAUAAUUAUUCAAUCCGGUAUUAAGAAUGUAGUGUAUUGUAAAUAUAAAAAUAACAAUAGACGUCAUAAAAAUGAAAAAAUGGCAUCUGAAAUUAUGUUUAUGACAUCAAAUGUAAAUUGUAGAAGUUACACUCCAAAACAGAAUAUUACACUUGAAUUUAAAACUACACGAGAACCUGAGAAACUUCAAAUUAAUGCCGAUGAAUCUGAAACUCAAAUUGUUUUAACUAAUGAAACUACAUUGGAACCUGUAUACGAUAUUAUUUACAAUAUUUCUAGUAUUGAAACAGAAACAAAAUCUUUAAAUGAGAAUCAAAAAGAUUAUAUCAGCUGGGAUGAUCUUUUCAUGGCUACAGCAUUUUUGAUGGCUAAACGUAGUAAAUAUCAUUUACCUGAAGUUGGUGCUUGUAUUGUUAGUCCAGACAACAAAAUCGUAGGCACUGGAUGUAAUGGAAUACCUACAACAUGUAGCGAUGAUAACUUUCAUGAAUAUUACAAAUUAAUCGAUACACUAUGCCACGCUGAAAUGAAUGCUGUGUUAAAUAAAAAUUCUAUCAGUUUACAAAAAUGUAUCAUAUAUGUAUCACAUUUUCCGUGUAAUGAAUGUGCAAAAAUAAUUAUUCAAUCAGGUAUCAAGGAAGUAGUGUAUUGUACAAAUGAAGAUGAAACUGAAGCAUCUAAAAAGAUGUUUAAAGCAUCGGGUGUAGAUUUUAGAAAUCACACUCCAAACCAGAAAAUUACAAUUACAUUUAGAUAAAUCAUAUUAUUAUAAAUAAUUGUAUUUAAUUUAUAUUUGACUUCAUCAAAAUUUUAUUUAUUUUUAUGAUCAACAAUUUUUAAUAUUUAAAAAUUACCUUUGAAAAUAUUAUUGUUAAUUACUUGUUAUUUUUUCCAUUAUCAUUUUAAAUAUAAUAUACACAAAAUAAUAUAAUAAUAAAACAAUGUAAUUUCAUUUUA